UGGGCAGCAUGGAGGUGCGGGGUGGCAGGGACCCUGGGCAGGGCGGCACAGCUGCGAGGGAGGCUGGGCUGCUGGCAUCAGCAGGCGCCCCUCCUCCCCACCUCGCUAAACAAUCAUCGCACAAAAUAUGCAAAUGGUAUAAUUACUGUUAUUUGUUUUGCUGAUAUAAGUGUUUGAAAUGCAAAUGUCAAGUUUGGGCGCCUUCAUUUUUCCAACCCUCUCACCCGGACAUUUGCAAGUUGAUGAGUUGUUCUUCAUCCUGGAAGGAGGAGGAGGAGCCCCCCCCAACCGCCAGGGUGCCAGGGGAGUGAGUCCAGCAUGGCAGCCGCCACUGCCUGCCCGAGGGCACUGCUGGGCCCCCCUUCCGACGGCACACAGUGGGCACCUCAGACGGCAGGCCUCACAGCCUCACCGUGCACCUGUGUGAUCAGCCACUCGGAGCCUUAGUUUACCCUCGCCUCUGGGGGCUGCUGUCCCUCUGGGCCCCUGCCCUUUCUGGCCCUGCCCUUUCUGGCUCAUGGCAAUUCAGUGGAUGGCUUUGGGCCUCGGUUUCCUGUCCACAACAUCCUGCACAGAUUCGUUGCCCUUCUGUAAAGUAGAGUCUUAGUGUCCCGGGAUGGUCCUCAGGGAGGUCUGAUGAGCCCCCGAAUAUCACAGACAAAACUGCCUGUGUAUUUUCCAGGGUGGGUUCUUAGCUUUGACCCCUCCAGCCCAGUGGUCUCUGAGGUUCCCCAGCCUGCGGUUCCAGACGAGAUUGAACUGUGAGCCUUCACCCCGACAAAGGGAUGACCACGAUCGUCCUUGUUCUACAGGGAGGGAAAGUGAGGCACAGCAUUCCAGGGGCUUGUCCAGGUCACGGCAGUGGUGGUGUCGCUGAGCUGCCAGCCUAGCCUCCCUCUGGGUUCCUCCUCCGAGCCACCGCGGACCACAUACAAGGGCAGGAGCCACCACUUCUUCAAAACCCAGCAGCUGGCUGGGCACCGUGGCUCACGCCUGUAAUCCCAGUACUUUGAGAGGCCGAGGUGGGUGGAUCACGAGGUCAGGAGUUCAAGACUAGCCUGGCCAAGAUGGUGAAACCUCAUCUCUACUAAAAAUAAAAAAGUAGCCAGGCAUGGUGGUGGGUGCCUGUGAUCCCAGCUACUGGGGAGGCUGAGGCAGAGAAUUGCUUGAACCCAGGAGGCAGAGGUUGCAGUGAGCCGAGAUGGUACCACUGCACUCCAGCCUGGGCAACAGAGUGAGACUCUGUCUCAAAAAAACAAAACAAAACAAAACAAAACAAAAACCCCAGCAGUUCCACAUCCUUCAAGUCCCACCAUGCACUGCUGCCACCCACACCACCCUCCAUGACAUGCAAAUCUGGGCGUGCCCCCGGCCUUCCCAGUGCAGCCCCUGGGCCAGCAGCUGCUGUGUGUUAGCUCACCAGUGACCCCACGAAUGCCUGAUCGAUGCUGGCUGUUCCGAAGCGUGGGUUUCUAGCAGCAAUGCAAGGGCCACUGUGAGGUUGUCUAAUCACCUUCACCCCUAUAAAGUGCACAGCCCCAGAGAGACCACCCUCCAGGCCUGGCUGGCUUCUACAGAGUGGAUGAGUGGGCCCCUGCACCCCACCUUGUGUCCAGCCCCUCGGGUGCCAUGCGUUGGCAGAUGCUAGGCAGGAUGUUGGGUUAAAUCUCAGGCUGUGUCCGAGGUGGUGCGUUGGAUGCCUGGGCCUGGAUGUGUGAGUGAGCCUUUGUGGAGAGCAGUGGGUGUGCCUGUGUCAUUGAGUGUGCAUGCCUCUGUGUGCGCAUGCAUGAGUUCAUGUGCAUGUGCACACAUGUGCAACACACAUACACGUGUACAUAUGUGUGCACGCACAUACAUGUCUGUGUACACUCACAGUCUGCUUGCGACGCUAAUGGAGAGUGAAAAGCUCCAGGGCAGGUGCCCUGACGUGCACACCGUGCCCAGCACACGCAUGUGAGAACAUGCAGAGCCCGCUCCCAAGCGGUCUGGGCCUCUGCUCACAGUGACACGGUGGUUCCGUGAUGUCUGGCUGUUCUGCUUUUGGAUGGCUUUGCUGGAAAGUCCGAGAGCAGCUGGAAAUCUGCGUCCUGGCCCGACCCCUCCACGUGACUGCAGGCUGGCCGCACACGCCUGUCUCCUAGUCUAUAACAUGGAGUGCUUUGCAGAGCUGGGCUGGGUAUACAGUAGGCACUCCACAAGCAUGCAUUCCUGCCUCUCCCUGGGGCUGUGCGGGAGGCUGGUGGGCAAACGCCCUGCAUCGCAGCAUCUGCCCUCCCAGCGCAGGAAGCAGGGGCAACCCUGGGGCUGAUGGGUGCCCUGGGAGGGGCCUUGGGCAGGACCAAGCAAAGGAAGCAGGCACGGGCUGGGUAGACGGCAGGGCGGCUCACGGGGCAAAGGCCUGGGGCAGAGCGGGUGUGGGCCUGGAAGCCUCCUCUUAUUUUAUUUCAGUUACCUUUUCCAACACAGGUUCAGCCUCAUUAGCAUAUUCAAAUACACACCAUUAUUAUUUCAAUUAGUGGUUAAGUAAUUAUCUCUAACUGAUGAGCAUCCCCCCACUUCCCCACGUAUUUUUUGGUUAUUUACAUCCGCUUCUAACCCACAAUUUUAGGUAAUUACAUGCCACUCACUCAUCUAUUUGCACACACACACUUCCUCCAGCUACAGGUUCCUGUUCGCCUUCUAGCACUUACUCCGGCCCUGGAGCUGUGGGUGUGGGGCACAGGCAGACAGACAGACCGGGGGGCCCCUCCUGGCCCCCACUAGGGCCUCCUGAGGCUCCCUCAGCCUCCAGGGGCACAGAUGCGGCAGAGCCCAGCACCAACCCCCCGCCUCCGCACCAACCUCGCAAAGCCCUUUGCACCUAGAACCCCCCUUUGUCUUGCAGACAUUACCUCCUCUGGUCCCUGCACCCCACCAGCACCCCACAGCACUUCCCCUCCUGCCCUCCAGAUGCAAAAGCAUCAUUCAUGGGGCUGGGCUCUGCACCACACCCCAGCUGUGCGACCCUGGCAGGACGACUUCCCUUCUCAGCCUCAGUUUCCCUAUCUGCAAAAUGGGGAUCAGGUGCCGCCUCGUGGUGAAGGAAGCAAGUAUGCUGGUGAAAUGAGAUGAGGCCUGGAGAAUCCUCAGCACCAGGGCUGGGUGCAGCUGCCUUGGUGACCAUUUGUCCUACAGUUCGUCCAGACCCAGGCUGUCCUUCUGUGUGCUGGAAUGAGGCGAACAUGUCUUUGAGCCCAGCAGGGAGGAAUCCUCCAGCCUAUUCCUCGCUGGCGCAUCAGGUCGUUGGCGGGCCCUGACACGCAACAGGAACGUCGGAGCAGGAGGAGUCAGUGGAGCCAUCAGGACACCCAGGCCCAUGGGGCAGGAGGCCUCGGUCACCACAGGACUGGGGCGGAAGACGAGAGGCGGCCGGCCGUGAGGGAGGCACCCUCCCUCCCCGCGCUUACGUCGCGCGGCCAUGCGGUUUGGGACAGGACACCCCUGAGAGUGCAGGCACCUCCCCCUCCCGCCCCUCCAUCCCUCUGGGGGCUGCCGCCCGGCCCCCCACCUGGUCUCCCUGGGCAGGCUGAAUUGGGGCUCCCUGCAGGGCGGUCCCGAUGGCCGGGCGUGGGUGGGGCGCGCUGUGGGUGUGCGUGGCGGCCGCCACCCUGCUGCACGCGGGCGGCCUGGCCCGCGCGGACUGCUGGCUGAUCGAGGGCGACAAGGGCUUCGUGUGGCUGGCCAUCUGCAGCCAGAACCAACCCCCCUACGAGGCCAUCCCACAGCAGAUCAACAGCACCAUCGUGGACCUGCGGCUCAACGAGAACCGUAUCCGCAGCGUGCAGUACGCCUCGCUCAGCCGCUUUGGCAACCUCACGUACCUCAACCUCACCAAGAACGAGAUUGGCUACAUCGAGGAUGGCGCCUUCUCGGGCCAGUUCAACCUGCAGGUGCUGCAGCUGGGCUACAACCGGCUGCGCAACCUCACGGAGGGCAUGCUGCGCGGCCUGGGCAAGCUGGAGUACCUGUACCUGCAGGCCAACCUCAUCGAGGUGGUCAUGGCCAGCAGCUUCUGGGAGUGUCCCAACAUCGUCAACAUCGACCUGUCCAUGAACCGCAUCCAGCAGCUCAACAGCGGCACCUUCGCCGGCCUGGCCAAGCUGUCGGUGUGCGAGCUCUACAGCAACCCCUUCUACUGCUCCUGCGAGCUGCUGGGCUUCCUGCGCUGGCUGGCCGCCUUCACCAACGCCACACAGACGUACGACCGCAUGCAGUGCGAGUCGCCGCCCGUCUACUCCGGCUACUACCUCCUGGGCCAGGGCCGCCGCGGCCACCGCAGCAUCCUCAGCAAACUGCAGUCAGUCUGCACCGAGGACUCGUACGCGGCUGAGGUGGUCGGGCCCCCACGUCCAGCAUCCGGGCGCUCACAGCCGGGCCGUUCCCCGCCGCCCCCGCCUCCGCCGGAGCCCAGUGACAUGCCCUGUGCCGAUGAUGAGUGCUUCUCCGGGGACGGCACCACGCCACUGGUGGCCCUGCCCACGCUGGCCACGCAGGCCGAGGCCCGCCCCCUCAUCAAGGUCAAGCAGCUCACUCAGAACUCGGCCACCAUCACCGUCCAGCUGCCCAGCCCGUUCCACCGGAUGUACACCCUGGAGCAUUUCAACAACAGCAAGGCCUCCACCGUGUCCAGGCUGACCAAGGCCCAGGAGGAGAUCCGUCUGACCAACCUGUUCACGCUCACCAACUACACCUACUGCGUGGUGUCCACCAGCGCCGGGCUGCGCCACAACCACACCUGCCUCACCAUCUGCUUGCCCCGGCUGCCCAACCCGCCCGGCCCGGUGCCCAGCCCCUCCACGGCCACCCACUACAUCAUGACCAUCCUGGGCUGCCUCUUCGGCAUGGUGCUGGUGCUGGGCGCCGUCUACUACUGCCUGCGCAGGCGGCGGCGCCAGGAGGAGAAGCACAAGAAGGCCGCCUCGGCAGCCGCAGCUGGCAGCCUCAAGAAGACCAUCAUCGAGCUCAAGUACGGGCCAGAGCUGGAGGCGCCUGGCCUGGCCCCGCUGUCCCAGGGCCCGCUGCUGGGCCCCGAGGCCGUGACGCGCAUCCCUUACCUGCCUGCGGCCGGCGAGGUGGAGCAGUACAAGCUGGUGGAGAGCGCAGACACCCCCAAGGCCAGCAAGGGCAGCUACAUGGAGGUUCGAACCGGGGACCCUCCGGAACGCAGGGACUGUGAGCUGGGCCGGCCGGGCCCCGACAGCCAGAGUUCGGUGGCCGAGAUCUCCACCAUCGCCAAGGAGGUGGACAAGGUCAACCAGAUCAUCAACAACUGCAUCGACGCGCUCAAGUCCGAGUCCACCUCCUUCCAGGGCGUCAAGUCGGGGCCCGUGUCCGCCGCGGAGCCGCCGCUGGUGCUGCUGUCCGAGCCGCUGGCCGCCAAGCACGGCUUCCUGGCGCCCGGGUACAAGGACGCCUUCGGCCACAGCCUGCAGCGGCACCACAGCGUGGAGGCCGCCGGGCCCCCUCGUGCCAGCACCUCGUCCAGCGGCUCCGUGCGCAGCCCCCGCGCCUUCCGAGCCGAGGCCGUCGGGGUGCACAAGGCCGUGGCCGCCGAGGCCAAGUACAUCGAGAAGGGCUCCCCCGCGGCCGACGCCAUCCUCACUGUGACACCCGCGGCCGCCGUGCUGCGGGCCGAGGCCGAGAAGGGUCGCCAGUACAGCGAGCACCGGCACUCGUACCCCGGCUCCCACCCGGCCGAGCCACCUGCGCCCCCCGGGCCACCGCCGCCGCCUCCGCACGAGGGUCUGGGGCGCAAGGCGUCCAUCCUGGAGCCACUCACCCGGCCGCGGCCCCGCGACCUCACUUACUCGCAGCUGUCCCCGCAGUACCACAGCCUGAGCUACUCCUCCAGCCCCGAGUACACCUGCCGGGCCUCCCAGAGCAUCUGGGAGCGCUUCAGACUGAGCCGCCGGCGGCACAAGGAGGAAGAGGAGUUCAUGGCCGCGGGCCAUGCGCUGCGCAAGAAGGUUCAGUUCGCCAAAGACGAGGAUCUGCACGACAUCCUGGACUACUGGAAGGGCGUGUCGGCCCAGCACAAGUCCUGAGCCCCCCAAGACCGGCGACGCCCACUGGACCAAAAAGGAUGCAGGAUCCACCCAGAGACUCAGCACCAAACCCAACACACGCACACCACCACAGCAACUGUGACAGCGGGGGGCCCUGCAGAGGCGAGGGGGGAGCGAGUGGGGACAGACAAGGGGGACACGUCCCGAGCUCCUGUGGCCAGUCCUGGGAUGCGCUUGUCGCCCCGGGUGGCACGUGUCCACACACACACACACACACACACACACACACACACACACACGAGGGACUUCGGAAAACUGUGUCUUAGGGAUGGGGGGUGGGGGUGGGGAUUUUUUUUCAUUAUCUUUCCUCUUUUGAGUCUUCUCUGCCUUUUCUUUUCCUCUCUAUCUCUUUACUUUCUUCCUUUUUUAAAAAAAUAUAAUAAAAGACAAGUUAUUUUAAAAAGACAUAAAAUGCCAUCCGUGGGGGGUGUGGCCGGUGUGGCCACCUCGGGGCCCCUCACGUGAUCUCCUCGGUCCGUGGUUUUCUGUGGAUUCUCUGUCCAGUCCGUCUCUUCAUUGCCGCCUCCGGAGUCCACUGCAGAGGGGCAGAGUGAAUGCCGGCGGCCAAGUGGCCUCCGGGACAGGUCCUGGAGCCCUGCUGGACUCAGGGUGGGUGGAGGCUGUGCCUGUGGACGGCCGGGGUGGCCGGGACGGCCAAGGGCUGGGAGGCACGUCCCCUAGCCCAGCCCCCAUGUACACUGUAGUCGUUCUAUUGUACAGAAAAAAAUAUUUCUAUAUUUGCAAUGUUUGCUGUAAAAUGAGAAAGAAAAAAAAGACUAUGUCUACUAAAAAAAAAAAAAAAAGACUAUGUCUACUUAAAAAAAAAUCUGCAAAGGAAAAAAAAUCAAA